GGUUUUUCCUGUAACGUUAGUGGACAAUGUUGCUUCUUGUCUCAUGGCAGUUUUUCUCCGAAUUCAUGUCAACAGCUGAUGAAAAUGCGCAGUGGUUCUAAUCAAAGGACUUUGUUUCAGACAUGGGGUGCGUCCGUUUCGCAAAACAAAGUUGCUCAGCCGCUAAACGAUGGUAAGAAGAAAGUUGCCGUUGGAACGACCGCAGUUAGUGUGAAAGCUCCAGCUCGCCGUCCGCCAAACAGCCUGUGGACGUUAAUAGGUCAGGGGUCAACAUGCACACCAGAGCCUGAAGCUGCUGAUGAAGACGACGACGAUGAUCUGAUGGUGGUAGCUGUCUAUGAAGCUGAGAAGGCUCUGCAGUGUGAUGAUGCUAACUUUUUAAAUAAUGACCUUCCUGUAGAGACAGAGAGUUCUGCCCUGUCUCCUGUCAGUUAUUCAGAUUUCCCUGGAUUUGACAGCUCUGCAGCCCAAGUAUGGAUCUACCCCACCAACUAUCCCAUCAGGGAAUACCAGAUGAAGAUGUCGGAGGCUGCUCUGUUCCAGAACACCCUGGUUUGCCUCCCCACCGGUCUGGGAAAAACCUUCAUAGCCUCUGUGGUCAUGUACAACUUCUACCGCUGGUACCCGUCGGGGAAGAUUGUGUUCAUCGCUCCCACCAAACCUCUGGUGGCACAACAGAUUGAGGCCUGUUAUAAUGUGAUGGGGAUCCCACAGACACACAUGGCUGAGUUGACGGGCAGCACAGCGGCAAAGCACAGGCAGGAGGUGUGGAAGUCCAAGCGUGUCUUCUUUCUCACGCCUCAGGUCAUGGUGAACGAUCUGUCCCGGGACACCUGUCCGGCAAAGCAGGUCAAGUGUGUGGUGAUUGAUGAAGCUCAUAAGGCGUUAGGCAACCACGCUUACUGUCAGGUGGUCAGGCAGCUUGGUAGCCAGACUCGGCAGUUCCGCGUCCUUGCGCUUAGUGCCACACCAGGUGGAGAUACAAAGUCAGUGCAGUCGGUGAUUUCUAAUUUGCUGAUCUCGCACAUCGAGCUGCGAUCAGAAGACAGCCCAGACAUCCAGGCCCAUUCCCACCAGCGCAGUGUGGAGAAAGUGGUGGUUCCUCUGGGAGAUGAGCUCAUUGCUCACCAGGCGCGUUAUCUACAGGUCCUGGAGAAGUUCAUGGGUCGUCUAGUCCAGAACCGGGUGAUGGCCCACAAAGACCUGAGGUCUCUCACCAAGUACCAGCUCAUCCUGGCCAGGGACCAGUUCCGCAAGAACCCGCUGCCACAUAUCAAGGCAGGUCCACAGCAGGGAAUGCUGGAGGGCGACUUUGCGAUCUGCAUCAGCCUGUACCAUGGCUACGAGCUCCUGAUGCAGAUGGGGCUGCGCUCACUCUUCUUCUAUGUCCAGAGCAUCAUGGACGGUUCCAGAGAGAUGUCCAGGGCCCGGAACGAGCUCCAGAGGACUCCCAAUUUCAUGGACUUAUACCACGAGAUGGAAGCAAUGUUCAUGAAGCCGUCUGCUGGUCCAGAUGAGCCUUUUAUUUACAGUCACCCCAAACUGAAGAAACUGGAGGAGGUGGUGCUGCAGCACUUCAGGUUUUGGACUGAGAGCUCAGCGGACAGUAAUGGAUCAGAUCCCGCUGUGGGCAGUAGACCUAAGGAAGUCAGCACGCGCGUGAUGAUAUUUUCAUCAUUCCGCGAGAGCGUACAGGAGAUCGCAGCCAUGUUAAACUGCCAUGCACCACUGAUCAGGGUCAUGACUUUUAUGGGCCAGGCUUCAGCAGGGAAAGGGGUCAAAGGGUUCACCCAGAAGGAACAACUGGAGGUGGUGCAUAGGUUCCGACAGGGAGGCUUCAACACGCUGGUUUCAACGUGUGUUGGGGAGGAGGGUUUAGAUAUCGGAGAGGUGGACCUCAUUGUUUGCUUUGAUGCACAGAAGAAUCCCAUACGCCUGGUGCAGCGAAUGGGACGUACCGGACGCAAGCGGCAGGGACGCAUCGUCGUCAUCCUAGCUGAGGGACGGGAGGAGAGGACCUACAAUCAGAGCCAGAGCAACAAGCGGAGCGUGUACAAGUCCAUCAUCAGCAACACAAGCGGGUUCCACAUGUACCCCAAUAGCCCUCGCAUGCUUCCUGAUGCGUUCAACCCAAGUUUGCAUAAGAUGCAUAUUACAUGUGGUCAGUUUGACCACCGAGAGAGCAGCAGACGGUCUGUCAGGGGUCGACGGUCUCACUCCGAGAGGCGAAACUCACUCAUUCACCCCCAAAACCUGAUCCAACAUGGCAUUGGAUCAUCGGAUGGUUUUCUGAGCAACACAGAGUAUUCCAUAUGGGAGUCCACCAUGAAGCUGGAUGAAAGUGAAGUUCAUUCUGUUCUGCAGCAGUCCCACUUCGUGUCUCUACCCAAUGACCUGCCAUCUGAGAACCAGGAGGCUUCCACAAGUGGACGUCCAUGCAGACAGCUGUCUCUGUGGGAGUGGAGACUCUGGCAGAACAAAGCGCUUCCAACCCAUCUGGUAGACCACUCAGUCCGCUGCCAACACUUCAUUAAGGUGAUGGAGCUCAUAGACCACAUGAGAGAUGAAAAUGAGGGUGUGUGUCGCUACGAGCAGGAGCUUCUUCCGUAUUUCCACAAAGUCACCACUGUUAGCAACACCAAGAAUGGACAUGUGGACAGAAGGAGACAAAAGGCUGCAAAGAAGAAAACUAGAGAAAAUAAGCUCGGGCGCCGUUUCAUGUCCUCACCUGACCUGGACUUCAUAGAUAAGGAAGGAGAGCGGGAGACGGAAGUAGGUUCUCUAAGGCACUCUUCAGCAGAAAGACCGGUCACCGGCAAAGAUGACACUGAGACAUUUUGUCCUUUAACGUCAAAUCAUGAGUGUUCGGUAGUUCCUGACGGAGAUGACAAUGACUGUGUUGUUGUUAGUGAGGAGGCCGUAAGAGCAGCGGAGGAACAGGUCAGUUUGGACAAAGAUGUUGAACUUCAGGCCUUGUUCUACCUCCCAGAGUGGGAUUCAGCUCCUUCCUCAUCUCGAAAACUCCCAUCUCAGAGACACAACCAGGAGGCUCUGAGAAACAUUCUGGCCAACGUGGAGGAGCUCCUGGCCCGAUGUCCUCCACCGCUGCCUGAAGAUAUCAGGGAGUUGCUGCACGGCUCGGAUCCAGCUGUUCCUCAGCAUACGGAGCAGGACAUGACACCUCGUCAGCCAUUCCAGGUCAGCUUUACCUUGGACAUGGAGGACGACGAAAUGAUCAUGGAGGACGACGAAAUGAUCAUGAGUGAUGCUACCAAAGCAAACGAGCCUCCAGCGGCUGAAUGGGACAAUGUGAUCUGCCUUCAAGUGUCUCCCGCCAAAUCACUGCCUGUCUCAGAACCUCAAGCCAGCGGUGAUGACAUAUUACCUACAAGCCCGACGUGGGAGGACAUCUUUGAGGACAAAUUACCAAAUGACGAGAACAUCAGGGAGGACUGUUUGAACAUGGAUACACGACAUGAUGACUUGAGAGAGGAAGGCAACGCUGCAGACAAGAGCAGGCGCAUGAACAGUGGUGAGGAAGAGAAGAGUAAAAAUGAAAUUCCAGAGGAAGACGACCGUGACUCUCAGUAUAGCCGCGGGGCGGAUGUGAGCAUGGAUCUUUUUGGGGAUGAUGAAGCUUUCCUGCAGGUGAAUAUCCCAGACAUCCCAACCCCAGAGCAUGCAGUCACGUCCAGGACAUCACCUGAUGUCAGAGACAUCGCCGACAGUUCACCGAAGACGUUGAAGACCUCACCUGUGGAUACGGCAAUAACAAAACAAAGAUGUGACUCUGUGCACAGUAAUACAAGUCCACGUUACACAACGGGAAGUGACCCGCGUACGGCAUUGGCGACAGACAUGGCGAGCACGAGUUAUUGCAGUUCUCCCCCAAUGCCGUACAACAGCCUCCAUAACUACUUCACUGUCAACUUUGACCUUGGCUAUUCACUAGAGGACUCUGAGGAGGAGUCGGAAGGAGAGGUUGUGCCCGCCCAGUGUACGUCCACCACUCCUAACAACAGCCUCUGCAGGUGGAGGACAUCCACGACGUUCAGGGAGUCCAAGUUGUCAACACCGCAACCCCUGCUGGAGCGUGGGGGCAGACACGGGACAUCGGUUCUGACUUCGCCAGUAAUUUUGCCGUCUCCAAUUGCAUCACCAGGAGUCAGGCCGGUGCUCGUGCCCGGUCCCUCGAGGGCACGCACCCCAUCUUCACUGUCCAGUUUGAAACGCAAACGAGCGGAAAGUGUCGCUGCCGAGGGAGCAUCGAGUGUGGAAACGGUUCCUCCUCGCACAGCUGAGGUCGAUACCGACAGCGACGAAGAAGUUGGGGUUAUCCAAAAAAGAUAUCGGAGCAAGGUCAACCCUUUGUCAUCUCCGGAUGUGUCCAAGAUCUCCAGCAAUGUUGAGUCCCCGCUGCUAGCGAACAAGACGCCUGCAGCCGCGCUGAAUAAAUCUGAUGAAACGGAGGGAGAAGCUGCUUCUGAUGAUGAUUUCCAGAAUGACUCCAGAAUCACAGCGUGUGGACCUCAGAGGCAAAAAGUCCAACGGGAAAAAUCCAAGCACGCUGUGCAUCAAAGAGGCCGUCAGUUCCUGGACGAGGAAGCAGAGUUGUCAGAGGAGGCGGGGCUAGAGGUGUCAUCCGAUGAAGACGACAGCGAGCAGCAGAGCUGCUCUCUCAAAGGCUUUGUUGUGGACAGUACACACUUCUCUCAGGGAUUGAACGACUCAGAGAUGCAGGGCUUUUAUCUGAAGUCUGUAAGAAGCCCCGCAGUCCCCGGCAAGUUCAAAAUGUCCUUCAGAAAACACCACAACAUGGACAUCUUCUCCCAGGUGCCUGAGAUGGAUGAAACGUAUGCAGAGGACAGCUUCGUGGUAGGCAGCGAGGUGGAGAGCAACGAGGAAGACGUCGAAGAGGAAAACAUUGAACUUAUGCCUGAAGACUCGUACGUGGAUGGCAGAAGGCAGUAUGCCACCAGGCGCCGUGUUUUUCUGCACAAAAAUAGGACAAAAGCCAGAGCGGGUGCCAAAACAGAGAUGGAAACAUCAAAUAAAGUGAAAACCAAGCAAUCUCGAAUAAUCCGAAUUACGGAUUCAAGUGAGGAAGAGACAGAGGACAGUGAGAAGAGACUUGAAAAAGAAAGGGAUGUUGCUGACCCCUUUUGGCAGGAGACGGUACAGCAAGACUAUGAGCGCAGUGAAGUUCAGCACAAAUUGAACGCUCCCUCCUCUUCCUCCUCCUCUGCCACUCUGGCAUCGAAGGUCUCCCUCCUGAGUCGAGGGCCGAGGGGCUCGGCGACAGGAGAGCAGCAUUCCGAGAGGUGUCGCCAGAGGUUAGAAAAUCAGCAUGUGUUAUCUGAGCAGUUUGACUUCAUGGAGUUACCCGCCAUGAAACAACCCCAAAAGGUCAGCGAACAGGAUUUGCCAGCAUCCGAGCGCCGGCCGUCGUCCGGGCCCGUCAGCAUUAUGGUGGACAGUCGUUGCCUCAGCAGUGGUGCGGAACUGAUGACCAGUCUGCGUCAGCGCCACGCUGCCACCGUCCACGUCUGCUCGCUGGACGGCAGCUACUUCAUUGUCAGCAAUCGCAUGGCCGUGGAGAGGCACAGCCAAUCAGAUUUGGCUGCGAUGCAUAACCGGAAGCGAUUGGCUGACAGACUGAGCAGCUUGCAGGGACUGUUUGAGCGUGUGUGUCUGAUUGUGGAGAAGGACAGAAUCAAAUCAGGUGAGGUGUCGCGGCCGUUUCAGCGAACACGUUGCUACGACAGCAUAUUGGCGGCGCUGGUGCACAACGGGGUUCGUUUGUUGUGGAGCAACAGUCCCGAAGAAAGUGCCGGCUUGCUGGCAGACCUGGCCCAGCUGGAGCAACGUAAAGGUCAGGGCAUCACUGUACCACUGGAGGUCAAAGGGCAGCACCAGCAGCAGACGCUGAAUUUGUACCUCAGCAUCCCGUCAGUCAGCUACGUGCAAGCGCUCAACAUGACUCACAACUUCAGGUCAAUCAGCCACCUCAUAAACAGUUCCGUUGAGUCCAUACAGAAGGGAAGCCACAUGAGUCGAUCCAGAGCCGAGGAGGUUUUCCGCUUCCUGCGCUACUCCUGUGAUUCCUUCCUCAUCAACACCUCCACAGCAGGAAAAAACAGCUGAAACAUUCGCACCACUGGUUUUCACUUUAUCUACAGGCUGAUUUUCUAUUUAUUUUUUUUCUCUAUAAUCAUUAAUGCACUUUUACGCAUCUUUUGUCUCUGUAACUGAAAAAGCAGCAGGAUGUUGUGGGCUCAACCCCAUUGUACAGAAUGGUGGAAGUGGGGAAAACCACUCGACUGGACCUUGUAUCAUAUACAAUGUCAAAGCAGCUUUAUUGAUGACAUCAUUGGGACUCGAUCAAUAUUUGAUUAUUUAAAUUAUUAAAAAAAAUGUAACCAUUUGUUUACAAACCUAUGUUGUGUCAAACUUAGUUUAAUAAAAACUAUUUUUGUACAUGA